GUUAGGAUUCACGGCCAUGGCUUCCGCACCGUCGCCAAUGUCGGUCCAGCCGGGUCGCAUUCGGACCCUGAAAGAAGGUUCGGGCCGUUCUGAUGGAAAAGCGGGUGCGGGUCCCGUUGUGUACUGGAUGUUCAGAGAUCAACGGCUCAGAGACAAUUGGGCUCUCAUCCACGCCGUUCAUCAGGCCAACAAAGCUAACGUUCCCGUAGCCGUUGUUUUCAAUCUCUUCGAUCAGUUUCUGGGUGCAAAGUCUCGUCAUUUAGGGUUCAUGCUGAGGGGUUUGCGCCAAUUGUACCACCAAAUGGGACACACUCUUCAAAUCCCCUUUUUCUUGAUUCGGGGAGAGGCAGAGGAGACUAUACCCAAGUUUCUUAUAGAAUGUGGAGCUUCACUGUUGGUGACAGAUUUCUCACCCUUGCGGGAAGUACGAAGGUGCAAAACGUUGAUUUGCGAGAGGGUAAGCGAUUUGGUUACCGUACAAGAAGUGGAUGCUCAUAACGUGGUACCCCUUUGGGUUGCCUCUGAUAAAUUGGAGUAUAGUGCUAGGACCAUAAGGGGAAAGAUAAACAAAAGGCUUUCUGAGUAUCUCGUUGAUUUUCCUAACAUUGAACUUGAACCACCAACUAGGAAAUGGGACAUCACUGAGAACCCUUCUAUCGAUUGGGAUGAUCUCAUUGCUGAUGUAUUAAGGAGAGGAGCUGAGGUUCCUGAAGUUAAUUGGUGUGAGCCUGGGGAAAUUGCUGCAAUGGAAGUGUUGAUGGGAAGUAAAAAUGGAUUCUUGACUAAAAGGUUGAAAAAUUAUUCCUUAGAUCGCAACAACCCGUGCAAACCCACUGCACUUUCUGGUUUAUCUCCUUAUUUGCAUUUUGGUCAGAUAUCUUCUCAGCGCUGUGCUUUAGAAGCACGUAAGCUGCGAACUUCACAUCCUCAGGCAAUUGAUGCUUUCUUGGAGGAGUUGAUUGUGAGGAGAGAACUUGCUGAUAACUUUUGCUUCUAUGAGCCUCAUUACGAUUCAUUACAAGGAGCAUGGGAGUGGGCUCGUAAGACAUUACUGGAUCAUGCCACUGAUAAGCGAGAACAUAUUUACACGAGGGAGCAACUUGAGAAGGCACAGACUGCUGAUCCCCAGCUCUGGAAUGCUUCUCAGAUGGAGAUGGUCUACUAUGGGAAAAUGCAUGGUUUUAUGCGAAUGUAUUGGGCAAAGAAGAUACUUGAGUGGACAAGAGGACCUGAAGAAGCCCUUGAGAUAUCUAUAUAUUUAAAUGAUAAGUAUGAAAUAGAUGGGAGGGAUCCAAAUGGUUAUGUUGGCUGCAUGUGGUCAAUAUGCGGGGUUCAUGAUCAGGGUUGGCGAGAGCGGUCCAUUUUUGGGAAAAUUCGAUACAUGAACUAUGCAGGCUGCAAAAGAAAAUUUGAUGUUGACAGAUACAUUGCAUAUGUCAAUAAAUUAGUUGCUGAGCUGAGAAAGAGAAAAGCUGAAAACUUGCUAUCUAAAAAGGAGAAAUUAAUUCGCUGUUGUGAUCCAGAAGAUUGAAGCGUAUUUACUUCUAGGUUUCUAGACAUAUUUUGUGUUUAGGUAGAGUUGCCGAGUACAGUGCCGUGGUUUGGUUGAUGAUAUUUGGAGCAGGAAUAGCCUUGAGUGUUGAAUACCACGUUUUACAUAGGUGUACAUCCUUAUGAUUAAUUAAUGAAACUCAGAUUUCUUGUGCUCCAAUUCGAACUAGUUGGUCACAUUCAUAUUAAAGUUGAUGGCGAACCCUUGAAUGCUUACUCAGUACAGAAAAGCAAUCAAAUUAU